AUGGCGGCCUCGAGCAGCGACGCCGACCCACCUAAGCGCUACCUCGCCCUGUGGAAGGAGUACCUCACGCUCUGCAGCUUUGCCGACGCCGCGGGCGGCGCCAGGAGUCGGUCGACCCUGCACCACCUCUCUCUUCCUCCGGGACUGCACACCGUCGGCCGGCUCGACCGCGACUCGGAGGGCCUGCUGCUGCUGACCGACGACGGGGCCUUUUGCCACGCGGUGCUGCAGGGCGGCGUGCGCAAGCGCUAUCUCGCGCUCGUGUUCGGCCGCCCCACCGACGAGUCGCUGGCUGCGAUGGCGGCGGGCGGGCUGAAUAUCCGCGGCAGGCUGACGCGCCCGUGUGCCGUGCGGCGCAUCGACGCGGCGAGCGCGGCGACGGCGGCCGGCGCCCCGCCCGACCCACGGCUGGCCGGCGCUCGCGCCGGCGGUCCGGUGACGUGGCUCGAGGUGACGCUCUCCGAGGGGAUGAACCGGCAGGUGCGGCGGAUGACGCAGAGCGCGGGACACAAGACGUUGCGCCUGGUCCGCGUGGGCGUCGGGAGGCUCAACGCCGAGGCGCUCGCCGCCGAGAUGUAG